UUUCAAAUCCGCAAGGGGAGUGAACGAGGGCAUACUUAGCGAGGGAAACGCGGAGAAAAUGAUUCUAGAAUCGGAACUCAAAAACAAACCUAAAACGGGCACCGAACCGAACAAAAAAAAACAACAGUCUUUUUACCGAAUGGGAACGUUCACAUAACGCCCCUUCUUCCUUAUAUGGGCUUUCAUUCCACCCAGUUUCCUUUUUUUCUCCCUCUAAAGCCCCGCCUCUUUUCACUAACUGUCAAUUCGCACAACUGUUGUGGCAGCCAUUUUAAUCUAGACUUCAGUUGCAGCCAGACCGAAUGAUGCUUGCUUAGGACCGUUGAAAGGGUGAAGAGAAAAACUGACUGCUCUCAAAUGGUUUCACCUGAAGGCAGAUGUCAUGAAUUACACAGAACCGGUUGUGGAGAAGGCCGUCAACUCAUGGUCCAGAAUUGCCUCAGCGGGACAGACUGUCCUUUUCGAGGCAUUACAGAUCCUCAACCCCAUGUCAAAGGAUCUUUCAGACACAGAGGAACUGGUAUCCUUUCUGCAAGGGCUUAAGAAAGAGGGCCACAAGCCCACAGUGCUACGAAGCAAAGAUGUGUACAGCUACAGAUCUUGUACAGCAGAGAUGUACUCUAUGGACAUGGCCAGCAGGAGUCCAAAGCCAGGCAAGAAGAGGGGAAGGAGGAAGAAGAAGAAGAAGGAGUCUAACAAGUACACAUCGUGGAGUAGUGCAAGCGCAUCAGAAUCUCACAAAAGAUCUGUCUUUUCCAGACCUCCCAUUCUGACUAUUCAACCUGCUCAGGUACAGCAACAGUACCUGAAACUAACCAACAUUACAGGUUUGAGGAGGGGUCACACUGCGAGAAUGCAGAUUCACUCUCAACCUCCAACACUUUCAGGGAUACCGUUACUGCCUUCGCAGAACGCAGGUAGAACACCAAAAGCAGUUGCCUUGGUUGGUCAAAGGUACCAUGCCUCCUGUCCGGAAUGGAACAGAGCCCUUAUCGGAGAUUCUGCCCCCGUGAUGUAUCAGAACGGCCGAGGAGUUUACAACUACAAGACUGACGUGUCAAACCACAGACGGUCCUGGAGGGAUGACCAAUCUCUGUGGAUGAUGAACCGUCAAGAGGAGUGUCGUCUGGACGAGAACAGUUUGCGGUGGAAGGUGAUCAAAGUGGACGAUUGCAUCACGGUGGAGGAGCUGAGGAGGAAGGCCCAGAGGAUCCUGCAGGUGAACCUGUCCCCAGUGAUACAGAUACGACCGCUGUAUGAAACUCUAGCGGAAUACCAGCGUGACGAUAUCUCCAGUGACUUCUUGGUUUAGCCUAGCGUCCAUUUUGCAACAAGGCUUGUCUAAGCCCACUGAGGUCUGUCUUUACCGCUGUGUUGAAGCCAGAAAGGGAACAUCAUCUGACCGACGACAGUAAAGCACGUUCCUCGUAUUGAGCAGUGACGGGAUGAUGUCAUGACUCUACCGCAUCAACAAGACUGAAGGGACUAACGUUGUGCAGAAGUUAUACACGGUGGUGCUUGAAAGACACUCAAGCAUAGACAUUGCUGGUCAGAAUGUAAUUGUGUUUUUUUUUUUACCAGCUUCUGUUUUGUACACUGAGGAUGGACUGAUAGACUUGGUAAGCAGUGUCAAGGCACACUGUGGGAUAACUUUUUUUGCAAGAACAAAAAUAAAAAUGUUUACCCUAUUAGGUAUAGCCUACAUGACAAAUGAAAAUAAUUUGGUCCCCUGAAAUUGUGUAACCUUGUUUUAGGGGCAAUUAUGUCUUCCUGUAGUUGAUGUACUGAAGCCUACUGAUUUUU